AUGCUGCCCACCCCUUUCUCCGUCGAGGAUAUCCUCAACCUGGAGCAGGGAAGCGCUCCCGGAGCCCCCGGGGUCCGCCGCAGCCCCCCCGGGGAGGAGGAACCGCCGUCGGGACAAUGUCUGCUCUCCCAGCCCCUGCAGCCAGACCAGCAGCAAACAGACCCCUGCCACCACCCCAAGCAACCGCAGCGGCGCAAACCCCGUGUUUUGUUCUCCCAAACUCAGGUGUUGGAACUGGAGCGGCGAUUCAAGCAGCAGAAAUACCUCUCCGCUCUAGAAAGGGAACACCUGGCCAACGUGCUCCAGCUCACCUCCACCCAGGUGAAAAUCUGGUUCCAGAACCGGCGCUACAAAUGCAAGAGGCAGCGGCAGGAUAGAUCCCUGGAGAUGGCCACCUACCCACUGUCACCACGUAGAGUGGCUGUUCCGGUGCUGGUCAGGGAUGGCAAGCCUUGUUUUGGAGGGUCUCAACCCCACCUGGCUCCUUAUGGGGUCACCGUCAGCCCCUACUCCUAUAGCACUUACUACGGUGCCUAUGGGGUGAGCUGUGGGGUGGGAUAUGCUGGGGUGCUCACACCAUGA